UGCCCGAGCGCAGAACACGCUCAUCUUCCAAAGUCUCCCGAUCGCUUGUGCUCUGAGGUAUCAGCCAGUCUUCACCAUGAACGCCCUGGUGUGCACCGUCCUACUGAGUGCCCUGGUUGCCAGCGCCUUUGGCGGAUUUAUCGGAGGCGGCGGAGGUGGUGGUCUGGGUGGUGGUUUGGGUGGUGGAUACGUCGGUGGAGGCGGUCUCGGUGGCUACGGCGGAGGCUACGGCGGAGGUCUCGGAGGCGGCUACGGUGGAGGUCUCGGAGGCGGCGUUGGUUUCGGAGGCCUGGGUGUCGGUGGCCUCGGCGGAGGCGGCGGUAACGUUGGCGUCGGAAGCAGCGUCGUCCUGCUCAGCGGUGGCCGGGCGGGUGCCGGCAGGUCCGUGGCUGGACCGGCAUUCCUGGUCCGCACUGUGCACCACGUCAAUCAGGUCAGCGGCGGCGGAGCCGUCGUGGCCCACUCCGGUAUCGGAGGCGUCGGCGGAGGCGCCGGCGCUGGAGGUGUCGGUCUCGGCGGCGGUGUCGGAGGUCUCGGAGGCGGAUACGGAGGUCUCGGCGGGGGCUACGGCGGCUAUGGUGGUUACGGCGCUGGUGGCUACGGUGGUUACGGCGCUGGCGGCUACGGUGGGUACGGCGCUGGCGGCUACGGCGGUGGCAGUGGUGUAGUCGGCAAGGCCUUGCUCAUCAAGCACCACAAAUGAGAGUCAGCUUCUAUCAUAUGCAACAUUCAGAACAAGGAAUCUUCAGCGAAGGCAGUACAACAUCGGCCUCUGUGGGAAAACGUCCGCAGCUUACGCCUGCCAUCUAAGUCGAAGAAAUGACCUCAAUAGUGCAAAUUAUGUUCGUGACUUGUGUAAAUAUAUGUUGACGAGGGCGUCGCUCCUCGACACCAGAAAGAA